GGUCAUCAUUUAUGCCUGCCUACUAUUCAUGGCUUAAAUGGAGUAUGUCCAAAAGAAUAUUGGCAUCAAUUUGUUGAUAUUUUAGCCUGUGAGAAACUCAAGAUUUCUGAAGAGAAAUCCCAAGUGAUGAUGAUAAAAAAAGAUUAUGAAAACUGA